UCAUAUUUCAUGUAUUUUAUAGCCUUAUCUACGCUAAAAUAUUGCUAUAAAUAUUUAAAAGAUUUUCAACAUAAAAUAUUUUUGCACAAAGAUAUAGACAAGUGAAGGGUUGCUGUUAACAAAAGAAUUGUAGAACUUGUAUGAAUGUAGAUCUGGUUAUUGUAGCUUCCAACAUAAGAUGGCUACGAUGAGUGAUUCUGCAUUCACACCUUUGUUCCCGAACGGCAAAAAUCAGGCCAUUUUUGCACCAAAUGGUGGAAAAGGUAUGGAUCUUGCCCACCAACAAAAAAUCAUGCAGCAACUGCAGUUACAAAAACAACAACAGAUGAUGGCAAAUUUCCAUUUGCAAGCUAUGACGAAUCCUCCUGUGCAUGUUAGUGCAAGUAUGAAUGGCACUUCAACUCCCGGAACUACAUCGCCACAAUCAGCCCAGAUUGGAAAUUUUUCACCGGUUAGUGAGUGCAAUACAGAAAGUACUGGUCCUGUCAGUUCUGCAACCAGUCCUAUCAAUUUCAGCAGUUCGAUUUCUGGAACAUCUAGCUUGAAUACAAGCUUAUCAAGUGCGGAGAUAAGUGCAAUGAAUGGACAUGAAUCUGGUGAUUCUCUCAUUGUUCCAAACAACAAGUUGGUUGGCAAUACUGAAGUGAGUGCAGUGAGUCCUGUUCCGAUGGUCAACCUUGGUGUGACCGUCACUGCCCCGUCAACUAUUGAUGGUCAAGUGGAUACUGGUGUAGGAUUGACCUCAAAUGCUGAAAACGAUCUCAAUAUGGCUUUGAAUAGUGCGAAUGGUAUUACUUCAUUUGAACAAUUGCAACAAAUGGGGUUGACAUCUAAUGCUAAUGCUUUGGAUAUGCUACAAGCAAAUGCCGCUGGUUCUGCUCAUCUCGGCCUCAAUGGGGUUCCAGAAAAUACUACUUCUUCGCCAAGCGCUAGUAUUCCAAACAUGAGUUCAAUAUGGUCAAAUCCAGCUGGCCUUCCUCUUGACGACCAAGGUUUGUUAUCCGAACAAGCCAUUUACCAAGUUUUACAAGCUCAACAACAACAACAGCAAUUGGCUGCCUGGGCUAAUCAACAAAAUGCAGCUUUGAAUGGUCUUGCCGGUGGACAGGGAAUUCCAAAUUUAUCUUCAGCUGGAAUAUUUAAUACUGGUGGAUUGCCAACGACUAAUGCCGCACAACAACAAGCUCAAUUGCAGGCUCUCCAACAACAACUUGCAAUGCGUAGAAAUCAGAAUAUGCUCAACCAAGCAAUGCAUACUGGAUUGCAUAGAUCUACUUCCUUGCAACAAGGAUCAAUGGGAAUGCCUAAAGGGCCAGGUUAUUCUUCAUGGAGCAGUGGACAAGCCAAUCUUGCCAACAAUAUGUAUAACAAUGCUGCUGUCCGUAACAAUUCAACUUUGUUCAAUUCUCUCAGCCACAGCAAUAGCCCGAGUGGUAGAGUCACCACGUAUAAUGGUGUUCCCAACAGCAGGAAACCGCCAAUGGGAAAUCAUGUGAUCGCUCCUCCAAAGUUCAAUCGUAGUUUUUCUACUCCCACCAAAUAUAAUGGCUUCAGCGGCUCUCAAGUGCCACCACUGACAUCUAUUGAUGAUAACCCAUUUUUUAAACUGACCGGAGAAGAACCAUCACCAGCUAACAAUUUGUUAUCGAAUCUACAAGAGAGAAGUCCGGUCGAUACAAUGCAUAUGGGAAGCUUAGAAUCGCAAUUAUAUGACAUUCUGAGAUCAGAAAACGGCGUAGGAGGAACACCACCUUUUGCAAGAAAUGGUAAAUGGAAUGAUAUUGGACAAGAUCCUCUAUUUGAAGACAGUCAUCUUCCUUUGAGUGGUUAUGAUCAAAUUGCUCCAAAUCUAAACAGAAUUUCACCGCUUCUCGGAGAAUAUGGAAGAGAAAGAUAUUCAAGAAAAGUUUUCGUCGGUGGAUUGCCACCAGAUAUUGAUGAAGAGGAAAUUCAAGCAAGUUUUCGUCAUUUUGGACCUCUCAUCGUCGACUGGCCACACAAAGCUGAAAGCAAGUCUUAUUUCCCACCUAAAGGGUAUGCUUUCCUUCUUUUCCAAAGUGAAAUAUCAGUUCAGAAUUUGAUAAAUUGCUGCAUCAAGGACGAGGAUAAAUUAUACCUGUGUGUUUCAAGUCCAACUAUAAAGGAAAAACCUGUGCAAAUUCGUCCAUGGAAUCUUGCUGAUAGUGAUUUUGUGUUGGAUGGUUCCCAACCUUUGGAUCCAAGAAAAACUAUUUUUGUUGGUGGAGUUCCUCGUCCCUUACGAGCAGUUGAGCUUGCCAUGAUUAUGGAUCGUUUGUAUGGUGGAGUAUGUUACGCUGGUAUUGAUGUCGAUCCUGAAUUAAAAUAUCCCAAAGGAGCCGGUCGUGUUGCUUUUUCAAACCAACAAAGCUAUAUUGCUGCGAUAAGUGCAAGAUUUGUUCAGCUGCAACAUGGUGAUAUUGACAAGAGAGUUGAAGUGAAACCGUAUGUUCUCGAUGACCAGUUAUGCGAUGAAUGUCAGGGUGCAAGAUGUGGUGGGAAAUUUGCUCCUUUCUUUUGCGCCAAUGUCACUUGCCUUCAGUACUACUGCGAACAGUGCUGGGCCAAUAUUCAUUCAAGACCUGGACGAGAAUUUCACAAACCACUUGUCAAAGAAGGAGCUGAUCGUUCACCCAGGUCGAUCUUCCGCUGGUAAUCGGGGUUAGAAUUCGACACGACUUAUUUUGCCGUAAAUUGUUCAUGGAUUCAGAGAGAAAAAAAUAUUUGAUUUCAUACAAUAUGUUUCCUAAAUUUUCUGUUCCGUUCAUUGCUGCUAUAACAUAAAAUAUUUAUUUUUUAAUCUAAAAUUUCUAAUGAAUAACUUACCAUGUAUGAACUGUAGAUAAAUUGUGCCAUCAAGGCACUUUCUAUAUAUGAGACAUACCUGAUUGAGUGACAUUUUAUGUUUUCAUUAUUGAUUGGUCCAUCUUACAUGAAAUGUAAUUGCUUGUAAAAGAUGAUUUCCAUAUUAUGAAAUGAGUAGUAUAUCAUGACCCUCCCACUAUUCUCCUUGCUCACAUGCAUCCCAUUGUGACAUCACAAUAUGAAUGAAGAAUUAGGAUAUAGUGAUGUUGCCCUUGCAAUGGAUACAAGAUUUUCAUUUACCCUCAUGAAAUAUAUAUUGUGAAUUGUAAAUGACAGCGCUCUCUAUCUUCACACUGUGAUUUUUGUUACGGGAUCACGUUGAUCCGCCAUGUUCACUGCUUUUUCGAAAAUCCGCAACCCAUUUUUACCCAACUUGGCAUUUUUAUCCUGCCAAUCUUUUGUACAAUUAAUAUCCCGCUGUGCAAACUGGCUGAAAUCAACCAAAGCGUUUUUCUACCUUCAUACAUACAGAUAAUUUACAGUUUUUAUUUAAAAAAAAACAUGCGAAAAUAAUCGCAAAAAGUGCGUUGUUACAGACAGUUUUCAUCUAGUCUUUUUUGUAACAAAAAAAAACAUUUUUAUAUUUUUGUGUCGCUAAAAUUCUAUUCUAAAAUAUUGCGGUGUGAUCAGCUUUUUGCAAUUUUGUACAAGGGUUAAAUAAGUGGGCUUUUGUAUUCUCUUGUAGUAAAGCUUUUGGUAAUUCCCUGUUUGUACGAGGCAUUUUGUUAUUACCAUACAUUGUGUUGCGUAUUUAUAUCCUAAUACUCUCUAAUCUAUAUGCUUCCGUGAUGUUAAAUUUUCCGUUUCACUCCCCUCAGUUCGUCUGUCCUAUAGUUUGACAGCGUUUUGAAUCGAAAAACUUCGCAUGAAGUUUCUA